AUGGACGCCGAUUUGAAUCCGGUUUCAGACGACGGCGGCGGUAGUGGGCAAACGGCGGCUGGGGAUAUUGCCCUGAUGGGAGCAAAGACAAAUGAGCUCUUGUUCGCGCAGGCGGUGGACCCUACCCCGCCAAACGAGGAAGCGGUGGGGUUGAUUUUCGACAUCAAUCCUCUUGACCCGGCGGUGAUCGCUGUUGUUGGUGCCGUCGUCGUGUGUCUUGUUGCCGCGACAUGGUGGUGUAGGCGCAAGCCCAGCAAGACGUGUCAAGCAACAACGACUCUCGCCGCGGGCGGCAGUGCAGGGACGGUAUCAGCAGCGACCGACCGCCGGUCUUCACCCGUGGUUCAAUCGCGGUACAGCACCCGAGGGCACGGUGUCAGCCCGCCGGGAAGCCGCAGAUUGGCUCGCCGUGCAUCGUCUCCCGCUUCGGCUAACCGUUCGUCGCGGCCGGGGAAGGUGAUGAUUCUCACUCCCCAACAGCUUGCUCUCUGCGAGGUGUUGUACGACGUCUACAACGGGGUGGUGCCGUCGCGCGGCAUCGAGAGCAAGGCAGUCCAGGAGUGCGAUCUGUCGCCCGCUGACAUCAGACGGCAGUUCAAGAACAUCAAACGGGCACGAGAGCUGGACCGUGAAAACGCCUCCUCCUCCGACAACAACGGCAGCGGUGCUCCGCCGAGCUCGCCGACGCCCCGCCGCGCGGCGCAGUCGCGCCUAACGCGGCCCUCGACUCGCCGCGCUUCCAUUGCGGCUGCUGCUGCUGCUGACACCAAACAGCAACCGGAAGCAGGCAAGCAACCCUCUUCCAGGGCGAAGAAGAGCUCUCGAAUACCUGUCCCAAGCAAGCGGGCAGCAGCAGCAGCAGCAGCAGCAGCUGCCACCACCGCUCCGUCGACCAAGAAGCCGCCGGUAUCCCCGAGAUCGACGCCAAUCAAGCGCGGCGCGGCGGCGAGGCCGGGCACGGUGGGCGGCCGCGGCUCGCCCGCGCGCGCAGCGAAGCGCGCGGCACCGUCGUCUCCAUCCGGAAGGUCGGCGGCGGCGUCGGUUCUACCAUCAUCUCCGCCCGAGUCUCCCAUGCGGACGCGCGGCAGGAACAACAGGACCGCGUCCGUGCGCGUCGGCUCUCCGAAAUCUGCGCCGACGAAGCGAGCGGCGGCGGCAGCGGCGGCGGCUGCUUCUUCCCCUAGAAGCGGCGGCGGAGGCACGCCUUCCAAGAGGGGAAAACCUUCUGUUCUCGAGAUCGCCAGGCGCGAGGCUCAGCAGCAGACCGUCGACGUUGCCAGCACUCGUGCAAGCAGUCUGCGGGCGCGCAGAAGCAGCAGGAGCAACACCAACAACGCCAUGCGUCGCGGGACUAAGUCCUAAGAGCGAGUGUUGCACCACAUCAUCUACACGCUGGUAGCCGUGGAGCUAGCUCCUUCCGAUAUACACGCCUUUGCUAAGUCGAUGGGAUGCCGUAAGGUUAUUCCUUCGCUUCAAUGGUGUUGGUCGAAUUCGUACUGAAUUUAGGGGGUCCUGUCCUCUCCAUAAUUGUUGAUCCGCGUUUCUUUCCUACAGGACGUGAGGUGAAGGUCUGUACCGUCCGUGUAGACGGCCGUAUGCUUGUCCGGUUCCUGAAAACGCAAGUUGGCCUUUUCUGUUUGCCGCCCAGCCCGAGACGACAUUCAUUCCACGUGUCUUUGUUUUUGUUUUUGUUUUUCUCUUAGCCGGCCAGCUUGAUGUUGCCGCCCCCCCCGGUGGGUGCAUGGAGUUUUCGUCGUUGUUUGUCUCUACUUUCAACGUGGCGGUGUACAGCUGUAGGAUGGGUUGAUUUCUCUGGGGAAAAUGUAGGGCACUACGCGAGGGUUCUUCAUAUAUGUGCCGGCUUGUCUUGAAUGUAUCGUGUCGUAUGUGUAUCGUGUGCUCGAAGGGACUCAAGGUUGUGGUUCAGCCGCAAAAUUGUAUUCUCAUGCGCACUGCCUUGCGAUUCGUAGUGAGCGGGCGCCCUUGGCUCAAUUUAACGUCGAAAUGUUCAAAGUUCCGCCCCUUAUAGUUGUGGUGUAUGCGAAAGCAGUCUACGCAAGUCUUGAUUCAUACCGUUUGUCACGUCAGCGUAAAUUUCUGUUUGCCUAAAAGUACAUGGACAUAGUGACACCGGCAGAUUUUCCGAAAGUAAGUAAAAGUCAUCUUGGAAAGAGGUUGUGGAGUGCGACUGAUGUAUGGUACAGUACAUUUUUUUCGAUGGCUUCGUUGGCGUACGCCUAGCGUUUUACACUUAGACUAGAUCUCCCUGUUGGGCGGUCCCAGUUUUUAGGCACACACCACUAUCUAUGUGUCUGAGGGUUAUUACAAUGUAGUAGGCUUCGGAGACUUUGCUGUAUUCAGGAUAUCGGGGACGGAGCCCCUCCCACUGGGAACGACAGUGUAUCAAGAGGCGUAAAUGGGAUGCGAGAAUUGAAAGCCAUACACCGCCGCCACAUACACAUGCACGCACGGGCUACUGCAUGCACGCGAUCAGCUGCGUAGUGAUCCGUCCUUUUUCUUGGGGAACAAUAGUUUGUUAAUUCAAUUUGGGGGGGUGGGUACGAUUUUUUAGGCAGCAGGUCGACAUACUCUGCGUUCCUCUUGGACAGGGGUCGAAGAGCAGGAGGGUCACAGGCGACGGGGGUUG